GUGCGAAUUAAGAAUCAUGGUAUUUCAGCAUCGGAUCUCUCAACCGUGAAAAAUGGCCUAUUGAUUUAGAUUAUCAACCCUUUGCAUGUGCAAGAACUUGAUAUUUCAAAUCGUUGCUCUUUAUUCGCUGUAUUGUAGAAAUGACAGAUACACAAUCCCCCACUACCGAAUCACAAACGACGAUCGACGACGCUCGAGCUCGUUCAAGGAGGUCGUUCAUCGCUGUGUUAAAAGCUAAUCGCGAUGUCUUCUCCAAUUUGCCAGAAAGGAUUGAGCAGUGGCUUGAGGAGGAAACAAGGGCUACAAAUCAGCCGGAAGCGACCAAACACGGGUACGUAAGACAACAUUGACGAAUGAAUCGAACAUUAUAAUGUACCGUGCACAUAUCUUGCCUCAAAUUUUCAUACAUCUCUAAGUUUAAUGUCACAUAGUUAAAUAUAAUACACAGAUAAGUGUCGGGUGUUAACGAGACAACUUCAUCAGCAGAUUUUUUCUUGUUAAGCAGAAGAGAUGAGUCAGACAGAUUAGCACGAUCAGACAUGGAAAAGCAACUAGAAUGUUUUCAAGCAGAAAUAAACGCGAAUACUCAAAGGUAAGUCGGGCUUUUGAUACACGUCACUUGUACAUUGUUAUGUGCGAGCUUCCAUAUGACGGGGGUAGGGUCAGGCAUAUGUGUUUAGGGAGAAACUAAAGAUACUCAAGAGCCACUUACCAUGAGUAAAUAUCUAGAAUUUUCCUAAAGGACCCCUUUAAUAAACCUUUUUCAAAAUUAUAUCGAAAAGUUCAAUUGCGCUUUGCAUUCUGAAAAAUCGAAAAGAAUGUACACCACAACGCAAUACAUUCCCUAAAGAUCAUUUCAGUAAUUUACUUGAUCUGACGUACCGACAUAACGUAAUCCGGACAAGAGUCGUUUGCGGUUAAUUAAGUGCUAAUUCAAUGAAUCACUCAAAACUUGACGCGCAUUCGUAUUCAUAGCAAACCUCACAUUUACCUGUUGGUGGAAUCUUGAUAUUUAUAGUCAGUGCUUUGUCAGUGCUCUUCAAACGUGAUUCGGUCUGGCAUCAACGAUUUAAUCGCUCUGCUGUCUCCGGAAAAAAAAUACAUUGUGGGUACACCAUCUGUUACGGACGAUUUCACGGGCGAAUUCGGUACGAUAAACGGUGGGCAAACGUUAACCUUUUAUCUGGUGUAUUUACGACAUUGUAAUGAUAAUUCGAGAUUAGAGAUACAGCAGUCGUAAUUAAGAGAGUGUCUCUGUAAGAGCGGUCCGGUCGAUUUUGCUUGAAACACGGAUUUUGCUCAUUUCUUGUGUGUUGUAAGACAUUCAUGUACCUAAACUAAAAGGAACAGGACUAAAACCUCACUCUCCUAAGAAUUGGGGAGGAGUGUUAAUCGAAUUACCCUUUCUGGAAGUCACCAAUAACAAACCCUACUAAUGUCCAUAAUAAUGUUCAGCUCGGAACUGAUUCGUGAUAAUUUCACGUGAUAUUUUCGUGAAGUUAUUGUUGCGUUACAGGAUCGAGAUUGACUUUUUCGAAUUAAGAGAGUGUCUCUGUAAGAGCGGUCUGGUCGAUUUUGCUUGAGACACGGAUUUCGCUCAUUUCUUGUGUGUUGUAAGACAUUCAUGUGCUUAUACUAAAACCACAAUCCGUUUGAUCGGAUCUCUUUAUUUUUCAGAGUUUUACGGAAAUCCAAUUUAACUCGAGCGAAGGCCUGUCGUGACACUUUUCAAGACUUUAAUUUGAGACAGCUUUGGAGGACAAUUUACAAAAAACUACGGAACUUAGCAAAAAAAAAUACCCCAGCCAUGUAUAUUAACUCUAUCUUAUCCAUCGAGGUGACUUUCGUGAACAUCACGUUUCAAUCAAGCAAACAAGAAGACUUGAAUGACACCUUAUCGAUUCGCUUAAGUCACACAAGUGAAUACCGAUCAAAUUCAAGGUAAAUUUUUGAAAAAGUGAGGCGUACUUAACUGAUCCAACUAACAUAGCCAGGAAGUAGAUGCCAUAGAAAAGGUAACUAAAGAAAAAAACUUUGCGGCCCGACCUUUACGAAAACUUUGUAACUCCGUGAACUUACCUGAUUUUCGGCAAUCUCCAAGUUUGGCCGCUAUUUUGAGGGACUUGUCAACAUAAAGCGUAGCAGAUAUAAAUCGAGCAGGUAGAUCUAAAACCGUCAGAAAUACAUACGAAAGCAAUUCAAAUGAACUUUGCUUUCAAUUCAAGCGGCAAAAUUUGAAAUGUUUCGUUAAACUUACCAUUCCUACAUCCCUAUCCGACCAUUUCUUUCAACAAUUCAAACACUACAACUAGUGUUCGAAUUCCCCUCGUCGAUUCCACCGUAAGAAAUAACCUGUGCCACCCAAGCUUCGACUCGAAUGUGAAGUACGAAUCAAAUAACACAACUGCUUCAUCUUCGAGGCAAUAUCAAGCUGGUAUUUUGAUUUUCUGAUCGACAAGAACGGUGAUCAGAUAGCGAUCGCCAUGUUUACCUCAUAAACGUGACCGCUGACCAGCCAAUUGAAAGUUCGUCGUGAAAUCGCACGAACCUUAGACUGAGUGUGAACAACUUUGACUUAAUCAAAAAUUUCGGUAGUUAUUAACGCUUUCUUGUUGAUCGUCUUAAUAGUAACAGUUUCCAGAAUCCAAGGGGAGCAAAAGAGAGAAUAAUUUUCUGUGUAGUUAGGUAAGGCAACGUGCCGGCUUUAUACUUCUCCCGGCGUGAUAAUGAUAAUGAUGACAACAAUGGGUAAAAAAGCAUAGUCCACUAAUAAUGACAAUUAUCAUAGUUAUAAACAAAUCUCAGUUAUAGUCCUGAAAAAAAUCUCAGGGGGUCCUUUGAACCAUCCACUUCAUCUCGUCAGAAGUCACGACGAACUUUCAAUUCCGGUGUUUUGCGCGCGCGACUUUUGAUAGAAAAAACCUGCACGCGACAUUACUUAAAAGAACUUGUCAGCUGAAUGAAUCAAAUCUCUAUCAUUUUGCAUACAUUCUUGGGAACAACAAACAUGACUUAGAACAGAAAUUCUAAGUAUAGAGUUUAUUCCGUGCAAUGAGGCAUAAAUAAAAGUUUCUGGUGGAAAAGACACCUUUCUUUUAUACCACUGAUGACAAGCAAAAAGGUCAAAAAUAUAUUGAUAACUCUAUUAAUUGAUACCAGUUCUAAUUUAAAGAAGAAAAUGAAAGAGGAAUAAAAUAAAAGUUGUCUGUACCACGAAGCAUGCCUUCACUGUUUAGACUGGGAGUCCUAAAGCGUUUUAAGCAUGUAUUCGGAUAUCUUAUGACGAUAGGCCCGCCACCCACCCGACCCCGCACUAUACUGUUUUCACUCAGUGGCUGGUCAGCGGUCACGUUUAUGAGGUAAACAUGGCGAUCGCUAUCUGAUCACCGUUCUUGUCGAUCAGAAAAUCAAAAUACCAGCUUGAUAUUGCCUCGAAGAUGAAGCAGUUGUGUUAUUUGAUUCGUACUUCACAUUCGAGUCGAAGCUUGGGUGGCACAGGUUAUUUCUUACGUUGGAAUCGACGAGGGGAAUUCGAACACUAGUUAUAGUGUUUGAAUUGUUGGAAGAAAUGGUCGCAUGGGGAUGUAGGAAUAGUAAGUUUAACGAACGAUUUCAAAUUUUGCCGCUUGAAUUGGAAGUAAAGUUCAUUUGAAUUGCUUUCGUAUGUAUUUCUUACGGUUUUAGAUCUACCUGCUUGAUUUAUAUCUGCUACGCUUCAUGUUGACAAGUCCCUCAAAAUAGCGGCCAAACUUGGAGAUUGCCGAAAAUUAGGUAAGUUCACGGAGUUAUAAAGUUUUCGUAAAGGUCGGGCUGCAAAGUUUUUUUCUGAAGUUACCUUUUCUAUGGCACCUACUUCCUAGAUAUGUUAGUUGGGUCAGUUAAGAACGCCUCACUUUUUUAAAAAUUUACCUUGAAUUUGAUCGGUUUUGGCAUGUGUGACUUAAGCGAACCGAUAAGGUGUCAUUCAAGUCUUCCUGUUUGCUUGAUUGAAACGUGAUGUUCACGAAAGUCACCUCGAUAGAUAAGAUAGAGUUAAUAUACAUGGCUGUGGUAUUUGUUUUUUGCUGAGUUCCGUAGUUUUUUGUAAAUUGUCCUCCAAAGUUGUCUCAAUUUAAAGUCUUGAAAAGUGUCACGACAAGCCUUCGCUCGAGUGAAAUUUAAUUUCCGUAAAACCCUGAAAAAUAAAGAGAUCCGAUCAAACGGAUUGUGGUUUUAGUAUAGGUACAUGAAUGUCUUACAACACACAAGAAAUGAGCGAAAUCCGUGACUCAAGCAAAAUCGACCGGACCGCUCUUACAGAGACACUCUCUUAAUUCGAAAAAGUCAAUCUCGAUCCUGUAACGCAACAAUAACUUCACGAAAAUAUCACGUGAAAUUAUCACGAAUCAGUUCCGAGCUGAACAUUAUUAUGGACAUUAGUAGGGUUUGUAAUUGGUGACUUCCAGAAAGCGUAAUUCGAUUAAAACUCCUCCUCAAUUCUUAGGAGAGUAAGGUUUUAGUCCUGAGGAUCCUUUCAAAUUGGAAUUCACAAAGGGAAGCCGCGAUGGACAUAGCAGAAACAAUUAAGGCCUAGAAAAGACAAAGUUUUGAAACUGGUAGUUACUUAGUUUUUCCGGUCCACAUUUUUUUCUCAGUAAGAUAAGCCAACUGUUUUUUCACAGGAUGUGGACCGAGGUCACGUUACAAUAAAUGAAUGGCAUUAUGAACAUCAUCCCUGACGUAAUAAAAACCAAAAUUACGUUAUGUCGCGAUCAUUUACUUGUAGUAAGUACUCUUUGGUCACCUUGCGAUGAACUAAGGAGUAGCUACUGAUAGAUUCAGUCAACGGAAACAGCGAUAAGUUCCGGUAGUGUGGGCCUCUUGGCUCGAGUUUUAACCUUACUUAUUGCCAUUGAUGUAGAUGAUAGUAACCAUCAUGGACGAAUACUAUAUCAUUAUUAUCAUUGUCAUCAUUGCCAUGAUAAUAGUGUUCAAUAUGUUAAUUUAUCUUAUUUGUUUUAAUCAUCAAAUAUCAAUUUUGUACAAGUGUUAGCAUCCUUUACAGUUUAACGACCCUAGACCAAACUGUCAGAGAGAUGACUGCAGCACUUGAGGCCAUGAAAAGCGUGCACAGCUCAAUG